UUUUUUUUAUUAUUUAUAAAUUUUGUAACAACUUAUUUUUAUAAGUUUCUUCUUUAUACUUGAUUACUAACAAUAAUGAGUCCUAUUAAGCUUGUUGUUGCUUCUAAGGCAUCACCUUUUAGCUAUGGUGUUCUUGCUGUCACUGCACAAAUUAAUUCUAUCAAAAAGAAUGCUAUUGAAGUUGAAUUUCGUGACGGUAAAAUUCUCGAAGGACCUUCUAAGUCUGCUGCUUCUGUUACUUACAAUGGUGAAACAUAUGAAACCACCAAUGCCAUUGCUAGACUUUUAGCCAGACUUAAUCCCGAGGCUAAUCUUUACAAUCCUGAGGAUCCUAUUAGCUCCACUUUAAUUGAUCAAUGGUUAGAUUUUGCUGAAUCUAAGUUAUCUACUUCUGAUUUUAAAGCUCUUGAUGCCGUUUACAAAGAACUUAACAAAUAUCUAACUCUUCGUUCUUAUAUUGUUGGCUAUCAAGUUACUCUUGCUGAUUUUGUUAUUUGGGGUGCCUUGAGAAGUUCUCCUGUAUUUGCUCGUAUUGUUAAAACCAAGCCAGAAAACCUUGGUGUUUAUCUUGUUCGUUGGUAUGAAUAUAUCACUUCUCUUAGUGCCGCUGAAUAUGCUUUAACUGCUGUUCAAAAGCAAGAAAAGUCAUCCAAGGCUCCUAAAGCUGCUGAUCAAGGUAAAUUUGAUAUUGGUUUGACUGAAGCUGAAAUGGGUAAGGUUUGCACCCGUUUCCCUCCUGAACCCUCAGGUUAUCUUCACAUUGGUCACGCCAAGGCUGCUCUUUUGAACCAAUACUUUGCUGAUACAUACAAAGGAAAAAUGAUUAUUCGUUUCGAUGAUACCAACCCAACCAAAGAAAAGACUGAAUUCGAAGAAUCUAUUAAAGAAGAUCUUGCCUUGAUUGGCGUCCCCUCUAACGUUGUCUCACAUACAUCCGAUUAUUUUGAUCAAAUGUAUGAUUUGGCUAUUAAGAUGAUUAAGGAAGGUAAAGCUUAUUGUGAUGAUACUGAUCAAGCCACUAUGCGUGAACAACGUACUUCUCGUACUCCCUCUAAAUGCCGCGAUAAUUCAGUCGAAGAGAACUUGCGUCGUUUCCAAGAAAUGACAAAGGGUUCUAAAGAGGGUCUUCAAAACUGCUUGCGUGCUAAGAUUGACUAUGCUAGUCUCAACGGUACUAUGCGUGAUCCUGUCAUCUAUCGUUGUAAUUUGACCCCUCAUCACUAUACCGGUGAUAAGUGGAAGGUAUAUCCUACCUAUGACUUUGCCUGCCCAAUUGUUGAUUCUAUUGAAGGUGUCACUCAUGCUUUAAGAACUAACGAAUAUCGUGAUCGUAAUGCUCAAUAUUACUGGAUGCUUGAAGCCCUUGGCCUUCGCAAGGUAACAAUCUGGGAUUUCAGUAGAAUGAACUUUGUCUACACACUUCUUUCCAAGAGAAAGCUUCAAUGGUUUGUUGACAACAAAUUUGUAAGUGGUUGGGAUGAUCCUCGUUUCCCUACUGUUCGUGGUAUUCGUCGUCGUGGUUUAACCAUCGAAGCUUUGAAGCAAUAUAUUUUGAUGCAAGGUGCCUCUCAAAACGUCUUACUUUUGGAAUGGGAUAAACUUUGGGCUUUGAAUAGAAAGAUUAUUGAUCCUAUUGCUCCUAGAUACACUUCUGUUCUUAAAGAAGGUGCUGUUGUAUGUAACGUCCAAGGUGCUACUUCUGAAGUUAAGGAAGUUCCUGUUCAUAAGAAAAAUCCUGAUCUUGGUAAUAAGAAGACUCAUUAUGGUCCUAAGAUUUACUUGGAUCAAGAGGAUGCCAAGACUCUUGAGGAAAACGAAGAAAUCACCUUAAUGGAUUGGGGAAAUAUGUUUGUUCGUAAGAUUGUUAAGAAUGGUGAUGAGGUUACAAGUAUUGAUUUAGAAACUCAUCUUGAGGGUGACUUCAAGAAGACCAAGAAGAAGUUGACUUGGUUGGCUGCUGAUGAAGAUGCUACUGAAAUUCUUUUGCUUGACUAUGAUUACUUGAUUACUAAGAAGAAGGUUGAGGAUGGUGAUGAUGUUAAGGAUCUUGUCACACCAGUUAGUGAGUUCAAGUUUGCUGCUCUUGCUGAUGGAAAUACUAAGAAAUUAAAGACUGGCGAUAUUAUUCAGUUUGAGCGUAAGGGAUACUUUAUUCUUGAUGCUCCUGCUACUGACUCUGAGCCUGCUCACUUUAUUCGUAUUCCUGAUGGUAAGGCUGCUAACAUGGCUUCUAAGGCUGACGCUAGCAAAUAAAUUCAUCUUGAAAAAAUAAAAUAAAAUAUAAGAUAUUAUGUUGUUAGAAUAAAUAAUAUUACAUUUUGCAUUUAUAAUA